AUGCAUCAAAAUAACUGCUUACCUGAACUGGUAACUGAGAAGAACAUAUUGGAGCCUCAGUUUGGGAAUUCUCUACGUUUGCUUGCAGAAGAAAUUGAAAAGCAUGAAGGUGAAGGUGACGAACUGCAAAAAGAUGGAAUAAUGAAGAAAUACCUUGACAUUAUCAGCAAUAAGAAUAUCAAGCUGUCGGAAAGAGUUCUCAUUCCUGUUCAACAGUAUCCAAAGUUUAAUUUUGUUGGAAAGCUGUUGGGACCUCGGGGAAAUUCCAUGAAAAGGCUACAAGAGGAAACAGGAGUCAAGAUGUCCAUCCUCGGAAAAGGAUCCAUGAGGGAUAAAGGAAAGGAGGAAGAAUUAAGGAACAGCGGAGAGGCCAAAUACUCACAUCUGAGUCACGAUCUGCAUGUUUUAAUUGAAGUCUUUGCUCCACCGGGUGAGGCCUAUUCCCGUAUGAGUCACGCUUUGGAGGAGAUUAAAAAAUUCCUUGUUCCAGACUACAAUGAUGAGAUUAGACAGGAACAACUACGAGAGCUUUCACUGUUGAACGGUUCGGAUGAGUCCAGCAGAGGCAGGAAUGCACAAGGAAGAAACAUUCGGGCAUCGACCACAGUAUCCGCCAGGGCCCGCAGGAACACAGGAAGGAACACGGUAACGCCUCGGGGGACGUCUGCCGCGACACACAGCAAGCUCGCGGCAUCCGCUUUAACGAGGGAUGCUCACACCCCGAGAGCCAGGGGAGCAGCGGUAGCGGCAAUCGGAGGGUACCGACCUCCGCUGUUGGCCGCAACACAUGACUCAUACGACGACUAUGGCUACGACGAUGGAUAUGGCGGGGAAUACGACGACGACAGCUAUGACGCUUAUGACGAUAACUACAGUAAUCAGUCAAAGAGUAACUCAGAAUAUUAUGAAUAUGGACAAGUAACAAGUGACAAAUCCUACAGCAGCUAUGAGGAGGAGUGGCCCACUUCACGUGCCAGUCUCAAAGCUCCAGUGCUACAGCUGACAAGAGGGGGAUACAGGAAACAUCCCUAUAGUCGAUACUGA